CAGCUGCAAGCCCUCUUGAUUCUCGAGAGAAGAACGUUCCAUACACGUUUGAGCAAGAGCUAGCAGUUCUGCGUUCUUGGAACCGAGAGCCAAACUUGGGGUCCAAUGAAAUUACUACUUCUCUGGAAAGCAAUCAUCGCGUUGACACCCGUUGCCGAAGCACAGCGACUGGCGUUCCUCACGCCGAAUGGAGGAGAUCCGACGCAGUAUACCGAGGGCCAGCAGAUUCCGAUUCGUUGGACCACCCCGUUCAAGUUGACGAAUGUCGAAGUUUGGCAAGGUCCACGGCAAGAUGGCUCAUACAGCAUACAAACAUUGAAAGGUGAGGUGUCUUGUCCUGCAUGAUCAGCUGUUGCUGAUGUGAAAUAGCCAAUUGCACACCGGAUCAGACCAGCGUUUCGUGGAAAGCAGGCUCGUUAGACGGAGAGGAUUUCCAGCAUGCUUUGCAAUUUCGUCUUCAAAAAAGUGACCAGCCCAACUUGUGCGCAGAAUGUAUCGCAGUCAGCCAAGACUUUCGAGUGCAGCAAAUACCACGGCUAGUGGCAGAUCCGAUGCCAGCAAAAGCACAGUCUGGCACGCCAAUCAAAGCGCAAGCGAACGCGACAACCACUGCAAAAGCUUCGCACACGCCUGGGGUUUCGCUCAAAGCGGAGCUCGGCGCCGCUCUGGGCAUCGGAUUGGUAGGGGCGGCGGCCAUAUU